UCUAGGUCACGUGCUCUCUAUGUGAAGGUGGGAGUGGGUCUCUUUUACACUGUGCCAGGUGCAGGCACCUUAAAAGAAUUGUGCCAAGAUGAAGCACCCAAGCGACAUGGCACCCUACAGCUGCUGCUUCCUCCUCAUCUCUUUCUGUGUCACAGGGGUUCAGGCCUUUUCCUUACUACAAACCUCAAAGUCACCAUUUGUACUGGUCAAAGAAAGCACAGAAAUAUCCUGCACCCUGAAAAGUCACAAUAUGGACCAGAUAGGAGUUUACUGGUACAGACAGACAGCCGUGACUACAGGCGAUCUGGAGUUUGUUAUCUUCUCAUCUAUUCUAAACAAGGUCACAUAUGGCCCCAACUUCUCCUCAGAGCGAGUCUCAGUUACCAGAGAAAACUUUAGAAACACCUUUACCUUGAAGAUGAAAAGUCUGCAGCUUUCCGACAGUGGAGUGUAUUACUGCAUGGUGGAGAAUGCGGGAAGAGUAGCGUUCGGGAAUGGAACCUCCCUGCAAGUUGUGGAGACCUUGCCUACUACAGCAGCCACGACAACGAUGAGAAAACCUUGUAAAUGUAAGAAGCCACAGAAUCCCAAAAUCUCCAGCCCAGUUAUGUGCAGUACUGUGAUCUGGGCUCCGCUUGCCGGAUUUGCUCUUAUUCUUGUGAUAGUCUUGGGCGCCACCAUUUCCUACACAAAGCGUAUCUACAGGAGAACCCGCCAUUUCUACAGGAAGCAGUGAGUGUGUUUAUGUUUCCUUAUGUUUGUGGUACCAAUAGGCCCCAUCAGAUAAUGGCUGCUGUACCCACAUCACAGGC